AAGCGUAGCAGGGUCAUCUGCUGAUGGUUCUCCAACUGAAACGAUCCCGAUCCUGCCACUGGCCGUGUACAAAGUCACUUUUUGAUCCAGUUUGUCGCCACUUGUGGUCCUUCAUCUCCAACUCCAAGAUAGACCGAGCGAACUCUCCGAAAAACUACCUCGAAAAAACCAUGACCGACACGACGGACGACGGUGCCGCCGCUCGGCACCCGAAGCGUUUCGUUAACGAGGAUGCGUCGCGGCUCGUGCGCGACGCUAUCGACGGGCUGGUGGCGAUCAACGCCAAGCACCUGACGCGGUUCCAAUACCAGGACGGCACCAAGGUGAUUCUGCGCAAGGACUGGACCAAGCAGAAGGUGGCUUUGAUUUCCGGCGGCGGAGCGGGGCACGAACCGGCCCACGCUGGGUUCGUCGGUCAGGGCAUGCUGACAGCCGCCGUGUCGGGGGAGGUGUUCGCAUCACCCACGGUACUUGCGACAACAUCAACAAACUGUCGCGGUUAUUAUGUUUCAACUGGAAGACUUAGACUUUGGCUUUGCGCGAGAGGACGAGAAGUUGUGUUUUCCCAAUGUCCCAAGACGAGUCUCUGAAGCGUGACAAAAUUUUUUGUGCCUAAAACCGCCACACAGGUCGACGCCAUUCUCGCGGCCAUCGUGGCGGUGACCGGCCCUAAAGGGUGCCUCUUGAUUGUGAAAAACUACACUGGCGACCGGCUGAACUUUGGUCUUGCGGCGGAGCGCGCCAAAAGCGAGUACGGGCUCCGCGUCCGCAUGGUCAUCGUUGCGGACGAUGUGGCGUUGCUGAAACAGGCCAGCGUCCGCCAGGCGCGCGGGCUCGCGGGAACGCUGCUGGUGCACAAGACGGCCGGCGCAGCCGCCGAGGAUGACGCGAAACUCGACCAGGUCACCAUGGAAGCGCAGAAAAUGGCGCUCGCCGUGAAGACGUUCGGCUGCUCCAUGUCCACCUGCACGCAGGCGUUCUCGCAGGAGGGCCGGUCGCUCGGGGACAACAAAAUGGAGGUGGGGCUCGGCAUCCACGGUGAGCCGGGGGCCAGGAAGAUGGAAGUGUUGCCGGUGAGUGACAUCGUGCAACUAAUGCUGGACGAGAUCAUGGAAGCCAUCGACACGCAAGCGCGGGAGACAUUGACCAUGGCUCCUGCUUCGCAAGGUGGUGCUGCUGCACCAGCAGCUGCGCCGCAAUUAUCCGUUUCGGCGUCAGUAAAUAACGCAUCAUUGAAGUUGAACAUCAAUCAUCCCCCACUUCAUCUUCUCUCGUUCCCGGACGAGAGCUCGGAGGAAACCGUGGAAUUUGUGCAGCGAGACCACAGCAAACCGAAAAAGGAAAAGUCGCACGUCGUGGUUUUGAUCAACAACCUAGGCUCCGUUCCGGCUCUGGAAAUGCAGAUUGUCGGGUUCGAAGUGCUGAAGAACCUGGGCCGGAGGUCGAUCCACAUCGUCGGCCCGGCGCCACUGAUGACUAGCCUGGACAUGAACGGGUUUUCCCUAACCAUGGCCGUGGUAGACGAGUUCACGCUGACAAAUCGGCUCUGCGCAACAAAAAACUUCGCCCCCCACUUGAACGCGAGCUGGCCGGGGGUGGCGAGCGGGGGAACGGUCUAUUUCCAGGAGCUCGACCUCCCUGCCACGGUGAGGGUCGGCACGGAUGCGCCCGACGUAGACGUAUUCACCGGUGGCGAGGACCUCAUCGGGGGCGAAAACAGCAGUACAGGCACAGCGUUGCCGUCAGGAGACUCCGAAAUGGAAAGGCAGCAGACUGCCUUUCAAGCGCAGCAGAAAUUACUGUCGCAAGUGUGCCAAAUCCUGAUCGACAACAAAGACACGCUGAACGAAAUGGACAAAAGGGUUGGCGACGGCGACACGGAUAUCCACCUGAGUAAGAACUCCUUCUACGUACCCGGCCUACAGUAGAGAUGUAAAGUCUGACGCUCCAGAAACAAAUCCAAAUCAAGCAGCUUAGCAGCGUAGCUUUGCGAAGCUGCUUGCGGCGACGGUGCAAAGGUUUUUGAUGUGGUGUAGUCGGGUAUGCAUGACAAAUGAAAUGAAAUGGGAGCUGCGCAGCACUGUCGCGAACGCGAUUAGGUACCUUUGCCGCAACAUCACAUCAAAUCUGCUUGUAGCUCGACAUCAUUCUGAGAAACUACAGCCUAAAUACGAAUAGCGAACGCGGCCUCGCACCAACUACAUUGGGUGCCCCCGCGUGAAGCACUUACACUUCCCGUUCAGCCCAGAUUUGCAUGAGAAGUUGUAUCUGUUGGAAAUAAACGGGUACGUUAUUACCGCACCGUUGGAUAAGAUGCACGCAGAUGGAGCUAGGCGCGAAAGCGGUACUGGAUCAGCUAGUGAGCGGCAGCGCACGGACAAAGCCGCUCAGUUAUCACGCCUUGUGUGAGAACUUGUCGAGAAUUCUGCGAAAGAACAUGGGCGGCUCCAGUGGAAUUUUGCUCAGCAUCUUCUUCGCCGCCAUGAGUGCAGAGUUCCGCAAUAGCAAGCUGGAAACGUCAGCGGGGAAAAUAACGAACGCUGCAUCUUCUUCAACAGCAGCACCGCCACCGUCCGGAGACGUGGGAGCAGAUUGUGGCAGCCAAACGGUAAAUGACUCUGACCAGCGGAACAAAUCGUUCGAGGAAGCCAUCCUGAAAGCGUUCCGAAAGGGCGUGCAAACGGUCAGCGAAGUCGGCGGAGCGGUGGAGGGAGACCGGACCAUGCUCGACGCCCUCUUGCCCGCCAGUCGCGUUGGGAGCUUUGAGGAACUCUUUCCCGCCGCGAAGAACGGUGCGGAGAGGACUCGAAAUUUGCUGUCGGCGCAAGCCGGCCGGUCGCAGUACGUUCCAGCAGAGGAUUUGGAGGGAAACUAUCCGAUGUCAAACCGCCCUCAACUGUACUGUCCUCAAUUUGCCAUGCGCACAAUAGAAAUAGAUACACUUACACACGACGGCUUAAUAGCACAAUAAAUAAAGCAUCUUCACGCAACAGGCUGGUUUGCGUCUUGUGCGUGUGCUGCGACAUGGUAAACUGAGGGAACAAUGUUGGGGCGGCUGAUUUUCUCUAGGAUAGGUGCAUGGACCCCGGGGCCUUUGCGUGCAUGCUGGCUUUUCAAGCCAUGCAAGAGAGUACGCUGUAG